AUGUCACGAGAAGAGCUGUUGGUCUUGCGAAAGACCCUGAAAGACCUGCUGGACAGAGGAUUCAUCCGAGCGAGUAGCUCAGCGGCUGCCGCGCCGGUGCUGUUCGUGCGGAAGCCGAAUGGAGGGCUGCGAUUUUGUUGCGACUACCGAGCGCUGAAUAAUCUGGCCAAGGCUAAGUGGUUCACCAAGUUGGACGUGGUGGCCGCUUUCCAUAAGAUCCGCAUGGCUCCGGGACAUGAGGGAAAGACUGCAUUUCGCACGAGGUUUGGGCUCUACGAGUGGCUCGUGUGCCCUUUCGGCCUGAGCGGCGCCCCGGCAUCAUUCCAACGAUACAUGAACAGUGUAUUGCGCGAAUGGCUGGACGACUUUGUCACAGCGUACCUGGAUGAUGUACUGAUCUACUCGAGCGGUUCGAAGGCGGAUCAUGAGGCUAAGGUGCGACGAGUUCUCCAAGCACUCGCCGACGCUGGGCUGCACCUAGACCCAGCGAAGUGCGAGUUUUCGGUACAAGAGGUCAAAUACCUUGGGUUCAUCGUCAACGCAGGCUUGGGCUUCGCCAACUAUUACCGGAUCUUCAUCCCCGACUAUGCCAAGAUCACGCAGUCUCUGGAUGCCCUGCUUAAGAAAGGAACUGCCUUUCAUUGGGGACGAGCGGAGAACGAGGCGUUUCAGGAGCUGAAGCGACGAUUUUGCGAGUCACCGGUGCUCAAGCAGUGGGACCCGAGCCUCCCGACCUUUUUGGAGACGGAUUGCUCAGGCUACGCAUUGGGAGGCGUCCUGUCGCAGGAAGGCCCAGAUGGACGUCGACACGCAUGCGCCUUCUUCUCGAAGCGACUUUCGCCAGCGGAGUACAACUAUCCCAUUCACGACAAGGAGAUGCUUGCCAUCAUGAGAUGUCUCGACAACUGGAACGCCGAACUUAGGAGCUGCGGCCCAUUUACAAUCCUUACCGAUCACCGCAACCUGAGUAUUUCAUGA